GUGGUUGCCAAGAGGGGCAAGGACUACAUCCUGAAGCACGUCCCCAACAUGCACAAAGACCAGUUUGCCCUGACGGCCUCCGAAGCCCAUCUGAAGUACAUCAAGGAGGCCGUGCGGCUGGACGACGUGGCCGUGCACUACUACAGGUUGUACAAGGACAAACGGGAAGUGGAGGCCUCCCUGAUGCUGGGGCUGACGACACGGGGCAUACAGAUCUUCCAGAACUCGGAUGAAGAAAAGCAACUCCUCUACGAUUUCCCCUGGACAAAUGUGGGCAAACUGGUGUUUGUGGGUAAGAAGUUUGAGAUCCUGCCGGACGGGCUGCCCUCAGCCAGGAAACUCAUCUACUACACGGGCUGCCCGCUGCGCUCCCGCCACCUCCUGCAGCUGCUCAGCAGCAGCCACCGGCUCUACAUGAACCUGCAGCCCGUCCUGCGCCAGGUCCGCAGGCUGGAGGAGAACGAGGAGAAGAAGCAGUACCGCGAGUCCUACAUCAGCGACACCCUGGACCUGGACAUGGAGCAGCUGGAGAAGCGCUCGCGGGCCAGCGGCAGCAGCGCCGGCAGCAUCCCCCCCAACCGCCUGGCCCGCCACGGCAGCUCCCACACCUCUGGCGUGGAGAGCGGGGGGAAGGACCGGCUGGAGGAGGACUCCCAGGAUGAUGAAAUCGAGAUGCUGGUGGAUGACCCCCGGGAGCUGGAGCAGGCUGGCGAGAUGGAGGUGAGCCCCGACAUGUGCGUCUACAUCACAGAGGACAUGCUGCUGUCACGCAAGUUCAACGGGCACUCGGGGCUUAUCGUGAAAGAGAUCAGCUCCUCCACCUCCAGCUCCUCGGAGACGGUGGUGAAGCUCCGAGGCCAGAGCACCGACUCCUUACCCCAGACAACGUGCAGAAAACCGAAGACGUCAACGGACCGACACAGCCUGAGCUUGGAUGACAUCCGGCUCUACCAGAAGGACUUCUUGCAGUUGGCCAACCUCUGCCAGGACACGGCGCAGAGCUACACCUUCGGCUGCGCCCACGGGCUGGACGAGGAAGGGCUCUACUGCAACGGCUGCUUGGCCCAGCAGUGCAUCAACAUCCAGGAGACCUUCCCCGUCAAGAGAACCAGCAAAUACUUCUCCUUGGAUCUCACCCACGACGAAGUCCCCGAGUUUGUCGUCUGA